AUGGCCGCGGGCACCGACACGACGGCUUUGACGUUGACCACAGCUUGUAACCAGCUGGUGCAACCGUUAAGUCGUUCUAACACCGGCAGCAGUCACGAACAGUCAACCCCAGCGCUGCCAUCACCCGUCCUGCCUGCCAGCCUCCACAGCCUGCCCACAGUCGUGCCACUCGGCCUUCCCUACAUCACAUUAGCCGGGCUUCAGCUGGCUAGCUACGAGGUGCCCCGAGGCACGGUGCUGCUGUUCAAUCUAAGGGCAGCCAAUCUGGUCAUCCAACAGAGCGAUCCGACGAGCAGACAGACGGAGGCUCCUGCCGAUCAAAGGCCCGGGUCCACUGAUGCCAACAUCACUGGGGCAAAGGAGUCGAUACAAUUUUCGCUUGGUAUGCCAUACCAGUUUGGACCGGAGUCAAUAAUAGCUCGGUCCUUGACUCUUUUCCUUCAACACCACAACAUCGCGGGCUUUCUGUCUAGGUUGACUUUUGGAAAAUUGGCUUACUUCCACUUCGAGUGA